GAGAGAGAGAGAGAGAGAGAGAGAGAGAGGCAGGGAGAGGUGGUGGGGGAAGCGGAAGCAUUGGCGGUGUGCAGUGACAAGAGCAUGGGUAUAGGGAUAACAGUAUGGGAUAUGGAUACAGGGCAUCUGCUCCUCCACAUCCCGACUUGUGCUUCUCCCCUUCAUGGCUUGCUCUGCUUGAGCAACCAGUUCCUUGUAGCCUCUCAGGUCCGCAAGCAUGGUUCCUUCGGAGGUGGUGCCAUCUUCAUGUGGCCCUUCAGCAAGCCUCAAUCACCUCUUCGAAGCUAUCCAAUGGAGACGAUUGGACCACUUUCGUCUACAAAGGAUGGUUUAUAUAUUGUUGGUGGAGCUCUUUCUGGGAAUGCCUAUGUUUGGGAGGUAACUAAAGCAUUUCCUCUCCCUUAAAUUAGCUGUGUACUUCUAACCU